UGUAACUGACCCAUUAGUCGCUCUGGGAAUGGGACCAAAAAUCACCAUCAAGAAAAACUUUGCCUUUUUUCGGAUGAUCCCGCUCCGAUGGCAUCUUUUUAUCCAAAGGGAAUAAAUUUUCUUUAAACUGAAAAAAAAGACCAAAUGUAAGAAAUUUUCAAAUGGGAUAAAACUUGAGUGUUUUUUUUUUCUUCUACUAAUCAGGCUUAUGUUUCAUUGGGGGCCAUUUUUCUAAAGGAUUUUUUAAAAGUGAGGUGUGAAAAUGUUCUGUCUAUUAGAAUAAAUCAGCGGAAGUCUAUUGUUAGAGAGGCAGUGAUUUUCUGAAGGUGCGUCCCUGGGGCCCCUUUGCAUGGCGCUGAAAGGUGCAGGACGAGGCAGGGAAGUUUACAGAUUUCCACCUGAGGAAAAAAUGGCAAAGUGGUUCAAGGAGUUCCCCCUGGCCCUGAAGAACGGUACGGACAAGAUCCGGUCAGUCUCUGAGUCCGGCUCCCAUCCGAGAGCAAGUAAAGCCGGGCUGAUGAUCAGAACAGGGACCAAAACGGGCCACCGGAAGAACUCCUCUGCAGACGGCGCAGCAGGAGGUGGAGGAGGUGUCGGUUCACUGCUGUCCAGAAAGAACCGAAAGAACUCCGGCGCAGAGGUUAGCAGGAACGGGGUUGGUUCCCAGAAAGAUGGGAAGGUUUGGGACACUUUGCUGGCCGGGAAAAGCCGCAAGAACUCCAAAGCAGAGGCGGUGAUGGAGGAGCAACACAGACCCCCGAAGACCUCCGCGCCCGCCUGCGCCUACAUCAGCCGGAUGAUUAGAGUGGACAAACAGGACAAAAGCCCCAACUUUACAAUCAGUGGUACCGCCGGUUCCGAAGCAGAUAAACUUGCAGCCCAGUCCAAAACGGAAACUUUGAUCAUUGUGGAGGAUUACGCAGACCCGUUUGAUGCCCAGAAGACCAGAGAGCAGAGGGAUGCAGAGAGAGUUGGGGAGAACGAUGGCUACAUGGAGCCAUACGAUGCACAACAAAUGAUAACCGAGAUCAGACGUCGGGGAUCUAAAGAUCUGCUCAAGGCGAGUAUGUCGGCGGAUGGGAGCGAGGGACCUGCGGAAAAAGGUCAGCCAGCUGCCAUCUAUGACGACCCGUAUGAGGGAAGCGGCGACGGUGAGCGGACGAAGCCGGAGCUGGACCAGCGUCCCGCAACUGAGUACGAGUUGCCAUGGGAAUGGAGGAAGCAGCACAUCGUCAGGACUCUGUCGGCACAAUUUGACAACCCAGUCAAAGAAGAGACAUGUUUUCAUACACUCACCAUGCAGACCCAGAUGCAGCAGCAGCAGCAACAUUAUCUGAGGCAAAAAAGCAGAAGCCAAAAGAUCUUGAGAUCCUCUCACCCAACUCUGCUGCCAUCUACGUUUCCCUGCAGCAGCCCUGAUGGAGAGGCGUGCUGCUUGGAUCCAUUACUGCCCCUGGAAAAGCAGAGUUGGUACCAUGGCUGCGUGACCCGGCAGGAAGCGAAGUUCCAGCUGCAGUCCUGCAAAGAGGCCAGCUUCCUGGUCAGGAACAGCGAAUCAGACAACAGCAAGUACUCCAUCGCCCUCAAGACGAGUCAGGGCUGCGUUCACAUCAUGGUGGCCCAGACCAAAGAGAACGGCUUCACCCUGGACCAGAGCAGCUGCGUGUUCCCCAGCAUCCCGGAGGUGGUGCACCAUUACUGCACCAGCCGCCUGCCUUUCACCGGGGCAGAGCACAUGACGCUGCUCCACCCCGUACCUCGCAUCCACUGACUCUGACCUUAAAACCUCGUAUGCAUUUGAAGCAGAGAUAAGAGGACAUAAUCUAAAAAUUACGUUUCUUUUGUCUGUACAACUACAACCCUCUCAAAUGUGUUAUUUUUUUGUUGAUUUGAUGUUUAAAAUGUGUUCAGCUGCCUGGCUUUUAUUCACUUAUUUUACUUUGAUGUGCAGCUGAUGCAAAACAUCCAGGCUGCUAUUUUGCAUGUGAACAAGCCCAGCAGAAAUGACAAAGCAUUUCUUUUUUUUUCAGAUUUAAAUGUGAACUGAUUUCAGAAUGUGUUAUUAGCUGUGCCUCUUAGUAAAACUGCUGCUGCUGUUUUAUUGUUGUUAGUAAAAUUUCCAGGUAUUGGAAACAUUUGAAUUUAUCUCUCCUGCCCUCUAGUGGACAAGGAGGAUGUACUCCACCUUUACCAAGACAAAGACUUGCUCCAUGCAUUAAAACACAUCUAAAGAUAUGGAAAACUGAUAUUCUCAGAGCGGUUACAUAAAAUUAUAAUUUAUGCAUUUGGUUUUGGCAUCAGCUGUCCCAUGAGGAUCUCCCUCCCCCCCCCCCGUUUUACUGUGAAUGAGGGAGCAGUUUCCACUGCACUGUGAAGACUGGGUGAUUCACCCCAAAACAAUGUGCGAGACAGAGCUCCAGCUCAGCAGUAAUUGAACUUUUUACUGACAAAGAACCGAGGAUCAGGCUUAACAUGUUUAUUCAUUUCAUGGAGCGUUACAGUGAUUCCCAACCUAUAGGGGAGGUAGAGAGCUAAGAGAUGGGCGAUCAGCGCUUGGGGGAUGGGUUGAGACUUUUAAUAUGUUGUGCUCUACUUACUGGCACCCUUGAUGCAAAUUUGUGUCAAAGUAGUUGGAGCAAACAGAGAGACUUUUGACCAUUCCUCUUUGCUUUCCCUCCAGAUUGUUCUGACUUUGCUCUUCUCGCCUAAGUUUGGAGAAAAAAACAGUUGUUUUGGAUUUGGAUCUGCAUCCUGAAGGCUGAUUUUGUGUCUGGUGAACCGUUUCCGUGUUAAUUUGGGUGUUUGCUUUGGUUCAUUUUGUUACGGAAAGCUCCAGUGAUGGCACAACUUCAGAACACCAACUCAGACCACCAGAUUUCUAUUAAAAAUGUUCUGGUAUUUAAAAGACUGCGCAGUGCAGUGUACUCUAGCAAAAGCAUUUCAAUUUACUUGAGAAACCAGAAACCGCAUCGCCCACAUGUCGUAUUUAUUACAGGAACGCUCAGUCUUAGUCUAAUCUGACCACAGCACAAAGUUGUUAUACUGAAAGCCAAUGAGGAUUUGAAUUAUAACAAAGGUUUCAGGAUCUUUGGAGGAGAAACCGGCCCACAGCAUCAUGGAACCUCAGCUUCAUCUCACAUAAAUCUUAAGUUAUGGUCCAUGUAAAUGUUUACAUUUGUGACAGUAGGAAAGUUUUGUUUUUGUCUUGCAUACAGAUCUAAUGGUUUUCCUGUAGACCUGGCGAUGUUAAGGUACAACUCUUUGCUGCAUUUGAGCUUGUUUGUGUCUGGUGCCAAGAUAAAUCUGAUCCCCCAUAGAGCCUUGUUUGUUGCUAUUCUUGUUUUUUAAACUAUUAGACAAUCUGACCUUCUAGACAGCACCGGCGAGCGGCUUUUCAAAUUGAAAUGACAUGUGGAGUAUUUCCUAUUUUGCAGAAAUAGAAAGAAAACAGAAAAACGUCUCUGCGUCUGUACCAAUUCCUUGGAACUAUAACUUACAAAAUAUCAAAUAUUUUAAUCAGUUGAGGCUUAUUUUAAAGGGACUGGUAUGGCUUUGAAUUAUUAUUGUUAUUAUUGCGGCACAAUUCCAGUUUAUGUGGAAUAAACUGGAGAACAAUGUUGGAAGAAAAAAAAAAAUCUAAUUUGAGAAGCAACAAAGUAGAUGUAGAUGCUGUGUACUUACAUGUUUAUACACAGUGUUGCACUAACCCUUUAAAAUGGAAUAAAAAGCACAUAUAUACAAACCCUGGCUGUGAUGAACGGAUAUGUUCAUCACUUAUCUUUAAGUUGGAUAUGAUCUGCUCUGACUGAUCAAGACCAAUUUUUGGUCCAGAUGGAGCAUAAUGUUUUUGUGUUGUCGGUGCAAGAAGGGAGGCUGUCAGGAGAAAAGGUUAUGGGGAAUGUGCUUAUUGAAUACAACAUAAAUAAAAACUUAAAAGCUUGAAAAUAAAAACAUCUUGGAAGAAGAUUUUACCUCUUUAAAGCUAAGCGGCAGAUUUAUUUAUCAUUUUUUGGGGGAAAAUUAGUCACACCGUGUUUAGCUCUAGUUUGUCAUACAUACAAUAGCAUGUUAUGGUUAAUUUUAUCUUUGAUUAAAAUAAAAUAUUCCCUUGCAAAAACAACCUUAAAAGUGGCCCACUCACAUAGUGACAUCACACAAGGAAUAUGAUAAUUUUCAAAGUGAGUCUAUUUGAAAUUUUUGUUCUUUAUUGCAUGUUUUCAGGUAAAUUCUUUCUUCAAAUAUUCUCUCUUUGCUCAGCUGAUCUGUUUGUUUUUAAAACCUUUGGAAAUUCUGUUUCGAAAAAAAAAAAAAUCACCACUGAAAUGUUCUUUAUUCUGAUAGCUGAUGCCUAAAAGACAGGCAGUUCUCCCUCCAGGUAAGACAGUUCUGCAGCUUCAAGGGGAAAGUCACUGAUGGGGGAUGUUUGAAUGUUCCCUGAAAGUCUUUAAAUUUUAUUACCUAUCAGCUCAAACAUUCCAAGCCUUGCGUUUUAUUUUAGUGGCACGCUGGAGACCAGAAUUCAGCCUGAAGCCGAGUUUCAGGCCAACAUCACGGUCUCAAAUACUUGAAUGUUAACCAUUUACGUGCCACUUCAAAGUGUUAUUGUUUUAAGUCGAUUUGUUUUGAUGUAAUUUAAAUGGAAACCGGAAUAAGUGGUCCUGAAUGUGCUGAAUCCCAA